CCCAUGUCUAUCGUACCUACGUGACCCGCGCCUGCCUGGAGUACAUUUCCCUUCCCUAUAUUACCCCGCGACUGCCCUCGAUAAGAAUUCCAUGGCAUCAUCUUGUCCACGUUGUCCACAUUGUCCACCUUGACUAGACAUCCAACGGCAAGACUUAACUCAAGAAAGUCUUGACGAGCCUUUCAACCCUACAAAUCGACCAUUCUUCCACGUCAACCAUGGCAUCAAAUCCUCCAGGAUCUUGUUGCUACAAGGGCGUCAAGCACGAGGGCGACCCUGUUGGCGAAUUUGUCACCAUUGGUGACUUUGAAGCAUACGUCAGCUGGCCAGAGAACAAGUCAACUGAACACGCCAUUCUGCUCAUUACCGAUGUCAUCGGCCACCGGUUCAACAAUGCUCAAUUGAUCGCUGACCAGUUUGCCGCCAAUGGCUACUUUGUCCUCACCCCAGACUUGUUCGACAAGGACCCCAUCCCCUUGAACCGACCGGGCGACUUUGACAUUAUGAAAUGGCUGUCGGGUGAAUAUCACCCGCAGAAGAAAGCCCAUCUUCCUCCUGUGGUCGACCCCAUCAUCGACGCAUGCAUUAUUGAGCUCCGCACCAAAUACAACGCAAAGAAAAUCGGUGCAGUGGGCUACUGCUUCGGAGGAAAAUACGUAGUGCGACAUCUCCGACCGGAUUCUGGCAAGAUUGACGUUGGAUACACGGCACAUCCCUCAUUUGUCGAUGCCGCUGAGCUCCGAGACAUCAAAGGCCCUCUCGCAAUUUCCGCCGCUGAGACCGACCAUAUUUUCCCUACCGAGAAACGUCAUGAAUCAGAGGUCAUCCUGAAAGAGGUUGGCUACCCCUACCAGAUCAAUCUGUAUUCUGGCGUUGAGCAUGGCUUCGCUGUGCGUGGGGAUUUGAAUAACCCUGUGGCCAAAUAUGCAAAGGAAAGCGCCUUCAUCCAGGCUUUGCAGUGGUUCGAAGAGCAUCUGAAGUAAGUGAGUUGGUCAGUCGUAAGUGAGAAUGGCAUAGGAGAGGAGGUGGCAUCUAAGACAGGUUGAGGACAAUGGUUCUAACGCCUCGACUCCGACCUAGGUCACCCAAGGAGAAAUCAAGACUCUGAAGCUAAAAGCUGGUAGGCGGGCAUCUCCUGUCUAGCAUAAAAAGGACCAAGAUGCCAUAGUUACAAAUGCAAAGGAACCUGCUUACGUGGGUUGCAG